AUGUGGCGGAAGCACCUCACCCUAAUCGCCUUCGUCAAUCAUUCAUCCGCGACCAACCGCCAGUUCCGCCCGUUUAUAACCUUCGCCUUGGACGAUGAAUCUUUAUCCAACAAGGAAAAGGAGAACGUCGUAAAGAAGUGGAAGGUGGAUAAUGCAAACCCCUCACUCGUCCAAGAUGUUCGCCCCAUCGACAUCACGUCUCCAUCUCCACUACGCACUUUGCUGCUUGAGCAGCCAUCAACGCUGCUGCAACCAGAAAAUGUGUUGAUGGCGUUGGUGAAAUCAUCCCUUCACCAAUCCUUGACGACAAUUUUCCUUACAACCCCGUUUUUGGACAAGGGUUACUCCAACAUUCCCCUCUCUAUUUUCCCAGUAUGCUCCAAUCUGAAAGACAUCACCUUCAAGACUUUAGGAUCCCGAAAUUUUGGGUGGCGCCCUUUGUCCCAGAGAACGUCUACCUUCAGCCCCCUGAAAUCGAGUGUCUGCAUUUUCGCAAUUCGCAUCGAAUUGUCGGGCAUUUCCUAA